GAUUUUCCAACCUAUAUUUUGGAAGUUUAUUGUCAUAACAAAAGUCAAUGUACAGACACCCACGUAACCGAUCAGCUGUUUAGUGUUGAUGUUUUGAGAUUUUCCCCUUCGUACGAGAAUGCCUAAGGAAACUCCAGAUUUAAAUGAUUCCUGUAUAGAUGUUGACGAAUUGAAGAAGGAAUUCAACGUUUCUGAUUUCGCCAAGAGCCUAUGGCCAAAUUUGAAAGUUGAAAAUGAUGAUAUAGAAGAAACAUUUUAUGGGGAUUUCCUUGAUGAUCUCGAAAAGAAAUUGGAGAAUGAUGAAACAUCACCUCAAACGAAGAAUAACUUAGAGGCAUUGCGUACUUGGUCACAUGUAAGAUUCAAGAAGAAGGCAGUACCUGUAAAGACAGAAGAGGCUUCUGUGUUUCAUCAGGAAGAAAAGGAUAUCGAGGAAAUGGAAGUUUCUAAUGAAGAGAGUCAAGGUAGAACUAUUAGUGAUCUGCGCUCUGAUAUGAUACUCAAGUUUAUGGAAGAUGAAAAUAAAUGGAAGGGUACCAUUUCCAACAAGUUAAACAAUGAUGUCCUAGAUCUACCACUCGUUGAAUAUGAAAAGAAGAAGUUUUUCAGAUUUUUUUAUUUGGAUGCUUAUGAAAAACUCUAUGGGGAAGAAGCUACAGUUUAUUUGUUUGGAAAAACUUAUUGUUAUCGCUCUAAAUCUUAUAAAUCCUGUAGUGUAGCUGUAUGCCCUUUGAUCAGACGACUUUUCAUAUCACCUAGGCAUUAUGCUGCUGAUGAAAAUGCCGAAAAUAUCCAAGUAUGGGCUACAAGAUUGUUGAAGGAGUUUUAUGAGCGUGCUUUGAAACCAUUGAAUAUAAAAAGAUUCAAGUACAGAUUUGUCAAAAAAAAAAAUUUAGAAGAAAUUUUGUCUUCCUCAGAGCAAAUCAUGCUCGAAGUCGAAUACUCUGCCCAUUAUCCUACUGUCGAUCAAAAGCUCGAAGGAAAAACAUUUUCUGCAGUUUUUGGUACAAAAAACAGUUGUUUUGAAAAUUUUCUAUUGGAAAAAAAAAUAAAAGGUCCCUGUUGGCUGGAUGUGUCCAACCCCAGAAAGCCAAAUAGAUUAAGAACUUCGUGUUUUUUUGAAGUAUCAUGUUGUCCGGAACAAAUAUCACACUGUGAAUCCAUUGCUAAGUCCUCAAGUCCUCCUUUAACGUUAUUAUCAUUUCAUAUGAGGAGUGUUAGUCAAAAUAACAAUAUUGCUCUUUUUACAUUGGCUGUAAAUUAUAAUUAUGAUAUUUGGAAUGAAAACUCGACUGUUGUGGAUGAACAAAGCCAUUGUUCCUUUAUUUUUGUGACCUCUGAUGAGGAUCUGGCUGAACUCCCUGAAGUAUUAAAAACUCUGAGGAGAACCAAAAUUGAAAAAAUUAAUUCAGAAAAGGAUAUGCUCACAUUUUUCUUGGAAGAAUUUCAUAAAAUAGACCCUGACAUCGUUGUUGUUUAUGAUAUUCAGAACAAGGAGUUCCAUAGAUUUAUUGAUCGCUUGGAAUCGCUAAAAAUUGAAGAUUGCAAUAAAUUGAGCAGAUUUAAAGGCGCAUCAAGCAACUCCAAUUUGAGACAAUUUGUGUUCAGCGGUAGAAUGGUCUGCGAUUUGAGGUAUUUGGCUAAGGAAUUCGCCCUUUCAAGAAAUUACGAGUUAGACGAGUUGUUUGAAAAGUUUCUUGGCAUCAAGAAAGAACAAAGAUGGGUCGUGGAUUUAAAAGAGUUGGUUUCAUCAACUGGAAGAUUCUCCAACAUUGCUGAAUGGAGAGAAGAAUUCCUUGAAAUUUUUAUUUCAUCCAUAAAUGAAUCUUUUUUCUUAUUGAAGUUAGUAGCGAAAACCAAUAUUAUUCCUCUCGCUGUGAAGCUCACUGAAAUAUGUGGUAAUGUUUUAUCACAAACUUUCACUGGAGGUAUAACUAGAAGAAGUGAAUACCUACUGUCUCAUGCAUUCUAUGAACAGAAUUUCAUUGUGCCAUAUAGACUAUUCAAAAAAUCUACAGAAAAUGAGGAUGAUGAAAUAUUAACAGGAGGUUUAGUAUUAGAGCCUAAGGAGGGUUUCUACGAUAAUUACAUAUUACUGAUGGAUUUUCAGUCACUGUAUCCUAGUAUUAUAUAUGGAUAUAAUUUGUGUAUUUCCCAUAAUGAAUUCGAUAAUGCUUCUACUAUGCCCCCUGGUGUGCUACCACAACUCAUGUCCCACUUUAUAGAGAGGAGGAAAACAGUAAAAAGUAGAAUGAAGAGCUUAGACAAGCAUUCCAACACCUAUUUUCGUUAUCAAAUCUAUCAGACAGCUCUGAAGUUGUCUGCUAAUAGUGUAUAUGGUUGCAUAGCUUUUCAAAACUUCCGAUAUAAAUGUCCAUCACUUGCUCAAGACAUAACAAGGAAAGCUCGAGAAAUAUUGAGUAGCACUGUUCAAUUACUUAAAACCGAGGGGUUCGAAAUAAUAUAUGGUGAUACAGACAGUGUAAUGGUGAAUACAAAUAGUACAGACUUACAACUCGUCAAUUGUAUGGCCCAAAAAAUCACACAAAUUGUCAAUUCACAUUACUCUUCACUAAAUUUAAGGGUCGAUACAAUUUUUAAAAGGUUACUGAUAAUUGCAAAAAAGAAAUAUGCGGGGAUUGCUGUUGAUUUUCGAAAUGGUGAAGCUGAAGACACCGUUUUGAAAGGUUUGGACAUAAUUAGGUAUGAUUGGCCCCCGUAUGUUUGUAAAAUUGGAAAAAAUAUUAUUGAUAUCAUAUUAAGUGAUCAUAGUCAGCCUGAAAAGUGUAAGAGAAUCAAAGAAAUGUUGAAGCAAAUUGAGAGAAAAUUAUUGCAUAAUGAAGUUCCUAAAGAAUCUCUCGUAAUAACCAAGUACUUAACACAGGACCCAACCUGUUAUUCACAAGAAACCCGUUUGCCUCAUGUACAGGUGGCAUUAAGAUGUAAUGAAAAGAAUCUUUUCAAUUUCAAAAGUGGUGAUGCAGUGACUUUCUUAAUGUGUUCUGAUAAGAAGAGAACAUUUAACCAGAAAGCCUAUCAUCUGAAAGAAUUGAGUAAUAUGGAAGAUGUUGAGAUAGACGGUUCAUACUAUUUUAACAAACAAGUUUAUUCAUUCGUUUCUAAAAUUUGUUUGCAUAUUGGACUAGAUUUAGAGGUUGAACAAUUUUUAUGCUCCAAAAAUGAUUUCAAAAAAAUUGAAGUAGUUGAAAGAACUGAGGAAAUCGAAUUUGAAAGUAGAAAACCGUUCGAUUUUGAUUGUUUGAAAUGUGGACAUUCCAGCGUACUUGAUAAUGAAAAUUUUGAGAUACUUGAUAAAUGCCAGAAUUCAGAAUGUGAUUUUAGCCCUAUAAAUAAUCUCAUUUACUUGAAAAAUAGGUUGAUCCUUGCAAUAAGGAGCUAUAUACAGAAGUAUUAUAAAUAUGAAUUGAAGUGUUCCAAUACAAAAUGUUCAUAUGCAACACUUCGGAUACCACUAAGUUACAGAAAGGGAAAUAAUACUUGCCCUGCUUGUGCUGAAGGAAAAAUGUUACAAGUAUUCAAUGAAGCAGAUCUGUUUCUUCAGUUGAAAUAUUUCAAAUAUAUUUUCGAGUGUGGAUUAUUGACCACUAUCGAUGGGAGAAAACAGGAUGCUUUGAAAUCUUUAAUGCUUGUAGUUGAUGGUUAUGAAGAACAGUCUGGUUUUCGAUCAGUUAAUUUAACAGAAAUAUUCGGAACUUUAUGAAGUUCUUCAUCAACAUUCGAAUUGCUUGAAGCAAGCCUUGUUUAUAUUGUUUGUUUUUCUAUUUAUCUCAAGUGAAGUGUUGUUAGUUAACUUUCACUACUGUUAUGACUGUUUUUCUAUUUUUAUAUUCAAGUUUUCUACAUUAAUAAAAAAUUUUGAUUUA